GGGCAGGACCCGCUGACACUUUGUACCGUCGGAGGGGGAUAUUUAACUUGGGUUUGAGCACCGCUCGCAACAGACACACUCAUACACAGUGUGUCUAAGCAAAGAGACGCUCAGCGCCAAGUCUCAGACCUCCUAAAGAAGGAGCAAGUAAGUAGGCGCUACUGUAGCAGCUAUCAAAGGAGUAAAGAUUCUCCCCCAGGAAUUACUGCAAACACUGACCGGGCAAAAGACUGCAGAACUUGGGCUGAUUCGACCAUGCAACCGCGGUGGGACUUGUAGCUCUUUUUGAUAUCAAUAGCGAAAUCAUCAAUGUCAUUGAGGUGAAAAGGGAAAUCAAACUGAACUGAACUUAAACUGCCAUGUUAGCUUUUGCGUUUGAUAUGCAUUUUAUUCGUGUCAGUUUAUAUUAUUAAGUUGUGAAGUUGUUUUCGUUUUAAAUUUUUGUGCGCAAAACCACUGUGCGUCCUGGAGGAGUGUUUGUAGGGGUAAACGCAAAAUUUUGGUUUGGAUAGACCUUUUCAUCAGGACCGAGAAAUGGUUCCGCUUGCAUAGGUGUGGGAGAGAGACUACAGUGGUGCGUUUUGCCAAAGAGAGGACAUCUGACUACACGUGGACAAUUUCAGUGAGGUCCCAACAGAACGUUGGAAUAUCGCACUGGGACUGAAUAAAGUCACACGACACCUCUCAUCCCAUGGAUUCUAAACUCGCGUUUGGACUUUCUCAAACCUGAGCGUGCCAGGGCAAGUUGAAAGAAGCCACGUUUAUAAAAGUCGUCUGUAAAAAUAACAUUGACCAAGACAGCCCUAGUUGCUGGGCCCAUGACAUUUAAAACUUGGUGAAGCACUCUUUUGUGCGCCCUUCUCUCUCUGGGCGUUCUGGAUCUAUUUUGUCUCUGAGGAGAACGCGGAUCUUUAGAAACACUUUAUUCCACGCAACUCUCGCAUCAGCCACUGUCAUCCAGUCUAGACAAUUUGUCGUGGCUUUGAGUGUCCCUGGCGUAACCAUGACAACAACAAGAACCCCAAAGUGAAUUUGAGAAAAAGAGUGAAACGGGAGAGUGGGUGAAUAGAGUUUUUCCAUUUUGUUUUGUGCCCUUUUGGUUAAGCCUAAACUUUGUUCUUUUUUUUCUUCUUUUUUUGUUGUUGAGAAGAGGCACUCCGCGUUCUACAAGAUUGCAUCAGCAGGCAAACAUAAGAGGCAGAUUGCUAAGGUUCCCUAAAAAGAAACUCCACUCCAUGUCAUUCAAACCCGACGUGGUCUAUUAAAAAGGAUCGUCUUGCUCGUGCCUCUACUUCGACUAUUUAUGAAGCCCCCGGGCUACUCAUUUCAAAGUGCACAGUAGCGGUGAAAAUAACUCAAUAUUUAAUACACCCUGGGAGCCAUCACGCAAAGAUAAAUAUGGGCUUCUCACAGACGCUACUCGUUUAUGUACUUGUGUCCAUUCACCUUGGAGUUUCUCAACAUUAUCUACGCCUGCGCCCCUCGCCCAGCGAGCACCUUCCGGUGCCAGACCUCAAGGAGGACCCCGACCCGGAAUACGACCCGCGGGAACAGGACUUGGCCGAGAGGACUCUGCGGAAAAAGCUCGGCAGCAACUUUGAUCCCAAUUUCAUGUCAAUCAGCUCGCCCAUGCUGGUGAACCUCUCCGUGCAAGAAACCCAGAUGAAACUUCAAGGACCCAUGCCCAACGAGGUUAAAAAGCUGGAUCUCUCAGAGACCCCCUACGGGAAGCGGGUAAAAGUGGGCAAGAAAGCCCGCAGGAAAUUUCUGCAGUGGCUGUGGACGUAUACGCACUGUCCGGUGGUGUAUACCUGGAAGGAUUUGGGCUUGAGGUUCUGGCCACGCUACAUCAAGGAGGGCAACUGUUUCAAUGAGCGCUCUUGUUCCUUCCCGGAGGGGAUGUUUUGCAAACCUGUCAAGUCAAUCACCAAGACUUUCCUCCGGUGGUAUUGUCAAGGGUUUUUAAGACAGAAAUAUUGUACGUGGAUACCGGUGCAAUACCCAAUAAUCUCGGAGUGCAAGUGCUCUUGCUGAGUUUCAAUGGAAGUAGUAGGGUCGGGGAAGUGGACUGGAAAUAUACGGUUUCUAUUGCACUGUAAACUCUGGACAGAGGUGGGCACCAUAGCGAAUCUAUUUUUUUAUAUAGCAUUUUAAUUGAAAUGCCAACAUUGUACAUAUUUAAGAAAAAUGCAGCUAUUUUUUUUUAAUGAACAGGACCAUAUUUUAUUUCAUCCCUGAAACGUGUUUUUGGGGGAACACAAGCACUUCAGAAAGAAGAGCUUUUAUUUUUUAUGAAAAAUUUAAGAUGGAAUGCAUAUACAACUUCUCCAAGAAGUUCACUUUUUUCAACUGAACAUUGAUGCUGACUGUUAAUUCACUGCAAUGCUGCCUAGAGUUUUUGUAUGAUAUUAAUAUCAAUAAUAAUUCAAUUGAAAGUUGAGGAUAAAGAUAUAUAUAAGGCGUGAACUCAGCUUUUGGAAUACAUAGUAUUGUAGAAAUAAACAAAUCUGUAUGUUUUAUUUAUUAUUUUAACGAUUGUGAGUAUAGAACAUAAGGAAAGAAAAUAGCAGAGUAUACCAGAAAUUAUGGGAGAUGUCUACUUGAAUAUUUCUAAAAAAUAAAAUAAAAAGUAAACAUAUCAGUGUAAAUGUUAUGGUUACACGUUUUAGCAAUAAAGUCUAUCUUUUCAACAUG